AUGUUGUGGGCAUGGAUAUACAGCAAGAGCUCAUCUUACCCUAACCCUAGUUUCUAUGACCCAACUCUCAUGAAGUCUGAGCUGAUGCCGCCUCCAAUACCGUCGGAAUCGGAGUCCGAGUUGUACUACGAUUCGACUGACACUGACGUCGAGUCGGUUCACACAAUUGACAAUGAAACCGCCGGGCACCCAUCUACGGCCAGGCAAGAAGCCCAAGAACCGACCGACUCUUCAUCAAGCGAAGCCGAUUCCGAUGCGGGAGGGGCCGCUGCUGCAAAACCACCGGGAGGAAGGUUCACCGACGUCGCGCUACCCGCUCCCGAGCCGAGGGCAAAACGGAAGGCCGACUUUGCCAGCGCCAACGAUGGCUAUGCCGUAAAGUUUCGCCGGAGAGAGCCGACCGAUGGCGAGUCGACCGAAUCCGAAGAUGGCAUCGACUCCCCCGUUCCUGGAGGUUACGUCGAGCAGUCUUUUUCGCUGCUGACCAUCUCUCUCCCAGCUGCCCUUGCGCUCUUCAAAGAAACGUAUCCACACCUCACGAGACAGCUCGUCAAAAGGCCCGGCAAGCUCUUCAAGUACCUUGCCAAGCUGCCAGUCAGGCGAAUCCCCGUCGUCACGCAAAUCUUUAACGAUUCAAAACCGCAGAACGUGGUCGCCUACUUGAUGCAGGCCGCGGGAGACGUGGUGCCUAUUUCCGAGUCUUGCGGGAAGUGCUACAGGCAAAGCGGCGUCUUCAAGAACGCCUGCGUAGUGAUACGGAGCCCAGAAGUUGCCGAAGUGACGGGGGGAGCGUGCGCCGGCUGCUGGUACGGGCGCCAGGGCUCGUUGUGCACCUUUCGGCAAGACACGCCCACGGGGGAGGCCCCCCUUGCAGCCCUCCCGGGUGCCGCCCCCCAAAGACCGGCCCCGGCCCUGCCCCUGGAGAACCAGCUCGAGCCGUUAAUGGCAGCAGCGCCAGGACCGACGGCCUCGGCACCGCUCCACCCGAGCUACGUCGCGGCGCUCGCUGCCGGGACAACGUCUGCCGCCCCGACGCCAACCGUUGCGCCAAACCCAUCCCCGGGCCCGCCCCACGAUCCCUUCUCGCCCGGCGAGGAGGUACGCGUCUGGGACGAGCGGUAUAGCAGCAUGUCAACCGAGAACCUACUGCGGGCUCAUGAAGACUUGGUCCGGUGGAAGGAAGACCUGACAACCAGGCUGAUCGCCAUGAACCGGGUCAUGUUGCAGAGACUGAUGGAGCGCGAAGGCUCCAGUCGAGGCUGGCAGCGGAGCUGA